CGUAUCUCUCUCACUACCGUCACACCAUUUCACCCAAAAAAAAAAGAAAUGGAAAACUUAACCCUCACCGGAUUACUCAAAGAAGUCGCCGGAAAAUUCCCCAACCGGAGAGCAAUUUCCGUCUCCGGUAAGUUUGAUGUAACUCAUUCUCACUUACACCAAUUAGUCGAACAUGCCGCCUCCCGCCUCCUCGCCGCCGGUGUUCAUCCCGGCGAUGUUGUUGCCCUCACCUUCCCAAACACCUUUGAGUUUGUGAUUAUGUUCUUGGCGGUGAUCCGAGUUCGAGCCACCGCAGCACCACUAAACGCAGCCUACACGGCAGAUGAAUUCGAGUUCUACCUCUCUGACUCAGAAUCCAAACUCCUCAUCACUUGUGCAGAAGGAAAUAAAGCGGCCGAAGCCGCCGCUUCUAAGAUCAACCUCCCCCUCGCCACCGCAUCUUUCACCUCCGCUGACUCAGAAAUCACACUCUCCUCAGCUCAGCCCGAGUCAGACUCAGUCUACUCGCUGGCCACACUCGUUAACGAGCCUUCUGACGUGUCACUCUUCCUCCACACCUCCGGGACAACCAGCCGCCCCAAGGGUGUCCCACUGAGUCAACUCAACCUGUUCUCCACUGUCAGGAACAUCAAAUCGGUAUACAAAUUAACCGAGUCUGACUCGACGGUGAUUGUCCUCCCCUUGUUUCAUGUCCACGGGUUGAUGGCGGCGUUACUGAGUUCACUCGGUGCUGGCGCGGCGGUGACUCUCCCUUCAGCAGGGAGAUUCUCGGCGUCGACGUUUUGGUCUGACAUGAAGAAAUACAAUGCCACGUGGUACACUGCAGUCCCCACCAUUCACCAGAUCAUCCUAGACCGCCACGUAAGCAAACCCGAAACAGAAUACCCGAAACUCCGGUUUAUUCGGAGCUGCAGCGCGUCGUUAGCCCCGACUAUCUUGAACCGGCUUGAGGAUUCAUUCGGUGCACCCGUUUUGGAAGCGUAUGCGAUGACGGAGGCGACCCAUUUAAUGUGUUCUAACCCGUUGCCUGAGGAUGGGCCGCAUAAAGUGAGCUCAGUUGGGCGACCCGUGGGUCAGGAGAUGGCGAUUUUGGAUGAAAAUGGUCAAGUUCAGGGACCGAGGUCUAAAGGAGAGAUUUGUAUUAGGGGCCCGAAUGUCACAAAAGGGUACAAGAAUAACCCGGAGGCAAACAAGUCGGCUUUUCAAUUCGGGUGGUUCCAUACGGGUGAUGUCGGGUUUUUUGAUGAAGACGGGUAUUUGCAUUUGGUGGGUCGGAUUAAGGAGCUCAUUAACCGUGGAGGGGAAAAGAUAUCACCAAUUGAAGUGGAUUCAGUGCUUUUGUCGCAUCCUGACCUUGCGCAAGCUGUUGCUUUCGGGGUCCCUGAUGACAAGUACGGUGAAGAGAUAAACUGUGCAGUCAUUCCAAGAGAAGGAGUCGAGGUUGACGAGGAAGCGGUAACAAGAUUCUGCAAGAAAAUGCUAGCAUCAUUCAAGGUACCGAAGAAGGUAUUCAUCACCGACUUUUUACCAAAAACUGCAAGCGGGAAAAUACAAAGAAGAAUCGUGGCGGAACACUUCCUAGCUCAGAUCUCGACUGCUAAAGUUCCCAAGUUCGGGGCUUAAGAAAGAAAGAAGAUGAACCAAACGCCGCCUUGUCCGGGCACUAUAUAGCCAUAUAGGUAGUUCUGGUUUUUUAGCAUAACAGAACUGUCCUUUGGUUUGAUCAUUCUGGGUAUGUAACUUCGGUUUAUCUCUGAAAAUGUAAUACAGUAUGUUCUUUCCACCCUUAUCAUUGUAUAGUCUAUGGAAAAUGGGGUGACAAACAUAUCAGAAAUACAACAGAGUUAUUGUAGCAUAUUGAUCCUUCAUGAAGAAAUAUGUAUCGAUUAAUCAGAAACAUGGUUGAUUUAUACGUAGUAGAAUAGAAUUAUACUGUAUGAAUGUAUGUCGAUGUCGGAGAUUAACUUAGGUAUGUAUGCCAUAUAUGUAAUGUAAGGUUUUGGAUCCUCUAGAGUUCUAAAAUAACUCUACAAGGUAUUAUUUCUCCAUAAUUCAAUGGUUCAUAUAUUAUUUUUACAUAA